CGUACCAAUUAGAUUUGGUAGAAAGGAAUCUCAAGGGUGUUAAAAAAAAGAAUCUCAAAAGUGUGCGAGAGAAAAAAAAACUGAGAGACAGAGAGAGAAUGGGCAAAGGGAGAGCUCCAUGUUGUGACAAAACCAAAGUGAAGAGGGGACCAUGGAGCCAAGAUGAAGACUUGAAACUCAUCUCUUUCAUUCACAAGUAUGGUCAUGAGAACUGGAGAUCUCUCCCCAAUCAAGCUGGAUUGUUAAGGUGUGGCAAGAGUUGUCGUCUUCGAUGGAUCAAUUACCUCAGACCUGAUCUCAAACGUGGCAAUUUCACCUUAGAGGAAGAAGAAACCAUCAUUAAACUCCACCAGAGCUUCGGAAACAAGUGGUCCAAGAUUGCUUCUAAACUGCCAGGAAGAACAGACAAUGAGAUCAAGAAUGUGUGGCAUACACAUCUCAAGAAAAGAUUGAGCUCCUACAUCAACCAUAAUGCCAGUGAUGAAGCAGCAACAAAAGGUUCUUUGAAUAGAGAAGAGACGUCUCAAGAAUCAUCUCCUAAUGCUUCUAGGUCUUUUGGUGGUUCCAACAUUGUUAGCAAAGAGGAUGAUGAUGUGCAGAUAGGUGAAACGUUUGAGUGUUUUCAAGAUUAUAGCGAAUUGGCAGGGAUGUUACAAGAGGUAGACAAACCAGAGCUGCUGGAGAUACCUUUUGAUAUAGAUCCUGACGUGUGGAAUUUCAUAAAUGGUUUCCAACAACCUGAAAACAGUUUGACUCCAAGAGCUCAUCAAGAAUCUGAAGAAGCUGAAGUUGAUAAAUGGUUCAAGAACCUGGAAAGCGAACUCGGGUUAGAAGAAGACAAUAGCCAACAACAAGAACAACCUAAUGAAGCUAAAGAAGAAUCACCCUCUCCAUCACUCUUGGAAAGUUAUGAGCUCCUGAUAAAUCAUUAAUGAAGACAUAAAUGAACUCAUAUUACUGAUUAUUCUCAAUCAAGAUGUACAAUAGAGAUAAAAUUCAGGAUCAGGUAGGUGCAUGUAAUAGCAAUAGCAAAGAAACGUAGAAGUUACAGAGCCAAAAGAUUGCUUUGUAUUGAAACCAAAGAAACAUGGUUUGAGAUGGAAUAAUAAUACCUAUUAGAUAGCAACCAUCAGAUUGGUUAAGAUUAAUUGUUA